AUGCUGGGCCAGGGCGCGGAGGGCCGGGCGCUGCGCUGCGCGCUGGCCGCCGUCGGGCUGCUGUCGGCGCUCAACGCGGCCGGCACCGUCUUCCUGCUGGGCCAGUGGAGGGAGCUGAGCGCGGAGCUGCGGGCGCUGCAGGACGAGGCGGCGGGCGCAGCCAGGCAGGGGGGGCUCCCUCCCAGCGCGCUCCGGCGCCCCCCGGAGCCCCCCGGCCCGGGGCCCGCCGGCCUCGAGGGAGCGGGCGGCGGCGGCGGCGGCAGGAACAAGAGGAGCCACCGCGGGCGCGGCCUCACCAAGGGCCACAUUCGCGCCGAGAACGAGGACAUGCUCAUGAUGAUGACCUACUCCAUGGUGCCGGUCCGAGUGAUGGUUGAAUUGUGCAACAGCACGAAGGGCGUUUGCUUAACAGGACCACCUGGACUGCCAGGUCCACCUGGUAUUGAUGGAUUGCCUGGCUUGAAUGGCUCAGAUGGCCUUCCUGGGAUUCCUGGACAAAAGGGAGACUCCGGAAAAAGAGGAAAAAUGGGUUUGGUAGGGCCCAAAGGAGAUCCUGGAGAAAAAGGUGAAAAGGGAGAUCCUGGUGAAAUCGGCUUACCUGGGAAAGAGGGGGCACGAGGAGAAAAAGGAUCCAGAGGAGCCAAGGGCAACAAAGGCGAUGCCAACAAUGAACUGAUAGCAGAAGGUGAGAAGGGUGAUCCUGGCCCACCAGGCCCCCCCGGCCCGCCAGGCCCCCCCGGGCCCCCAGGGAAGCGCAAAGGAAAACCCCCAGCUCAGGAGAAGAUCUACAGUGCUGAGUGCACAGGGGAAACGUGUGCCAUCCCGAAUGAUGAUACCUUACCUGCAAGAGCAAAAGAACGGGCACACCUUUAUCAGCCCAGAAAACCCGAAUGCCUCAUUGAAUCCAUUGGAAGCCCUUCUGAGAUUAUAAAACUGAGACAGAGCUAUGGAGCGUGGAUGAUGGAUCUUUCAAACAGAACCGAUGAGAAGAUUUGGAUCGCCGAGCAUUUUACAGGUCACAUCAUCCGAGAAUACCAGGACAUUGUGGCGCUAUGGAACAACAGUUACAACACCACGGAGCUCCCCUGGCAAUAUUACGGCUGCGGCCACGCCGUCUACAACAACGCUCUGUACUACCAGCGUGUGGGGCGCAACAUCAUUGUGAAGUAUGACUUUGCCACACAGGAAUCCCAAACCCUCCAGAUAGAGAAUGCCUGGUACUAUGACCGCAUGUACCUCUUCAGCGCUUCCAAGUCCUACUUCAGUGUGGCAGUGGAUGAAAAUGGACUUUGGGUGAUGUACCAUUCCCGGCCCGACGGGCACAUCGCUGUUGCGCAGCUGGACGAAGAGACGCACUCCGUGCUGCGGAACAUCAACACCACCUACCCGCAGUCCAAAGCUGGCAACGCGUUCAUCGCCUGCGGGGUGCUGUACAUCACGGACAAGAACCACGCCUGCGUGGCGUUCGCCUUCGACCUCUUGCGCGAAAGGCAAUUCGACGCCAGCUUCAAGCUGAACCUGUCGCUCUCCGACGCGCGUUUUGAGAGGCAGCUCUUCCCGCCCAAGCAGGACAACACGGACUUCGUGCCCGUCCUGGCCAUGCUCUCCUACAACGCGGUGCACAGGAACCUUUACACAUGGGAGCACGGCUUCUUAAUGCGAUACCCUGUCCAUUUUGCCAGCUGAGUGCCCUCGAUGCUGUGCCC